AUGCAGUAAUUUCAUUUGAGUCCUUUAACUAAUUUGUCCUAAUGCUUCAAAAACUUUAAAAUCUGCUAUUGUCUGGUUGCUGCUUUCUGAAGAAUGUCUAAGCUAAUUGAGAAGUCGUAAUAAAAAUACAAGACGGUUUUUUAAAAUCAAUAAUACUGUUUUCUUUUUCAUCUACCAGUCAUUUUGCCAAGCAAAAACAUGGCGCCAUCAACUGAUCUCCUCUGUGGUAAUCUUGGUCCAUUUAACAAUUUCCUCCUGGCCACUUAACUUACGGUAAGUAAGUGUUUUCCAUGUCAGUAGUGUGCCUGUUGCUAAUUUCCCAGGUAACAUAAAAUGGGAACUGCUAAGGCUUCAGAUGCAUCUGUUGGAUCAGCUACACCACGGGAGGAAGGGAAACAUCUUUCCUGGAAUUAGCUCUAGUUUUGCUCACAGACAACCUUGUCCAGGAGGAUUUCAGACUCUAAUGGGAAGUUUGAAUAAUCUAUCUUCAUUUUUGUUCUUUUUUUUAUUCCAAAUCAGUGCUCUGGAUUUUAUUUUAACGUGUUUUUUGUCCUGGGACGAAACAUUAAGAAUGUUAUGCAGAAAGUUAAUAGUGGAGUAGCCUACACUUUUUGGGGGUCAACAAGGCAGUUUUUCAGAGUGAAGCUGUAGCUUUUUUUUAAAUCACUUUGAAUCUUAAACAUUUUUCUUCCAGAUCGCUCUUUACACUCUGCCAUAAAAUAUGCAUAAGAUUCCAAAUUCUUCAUUUUUGCACCAAAUGACUUCUUGUACUGCAAGAAUGAACAAAAGCCCGUAGAUUAUUUAAAGAUUGGGUUUUUUUGGGGGAGGUGGUAUUUUGAUGAUAUCCUUUCAGAGUUUACCAGCCUGGUCUUAAAAAGCACUGUGGAGAACUUUCAUCGAGCAAUAUGUAGAUGACACAUGGGGGAAAAAGGCCUGAUAGGUCUGACGUCUCAUUUGCAGAAUCAAUUAUUUCUAACGUUGUGAAUGGGCACAGAGAAAAAACAUUCAUAGAGGACAAACGGGGAACUCCAGACUCCAUUAAAGUUCUGCUGCAGAGCACCGAUGGUCAGCGGCGCGUCCAGGAUUUAACCCUCACUGUGAAAGGAUGGAAAAGGUGCAGCAGAUCCUGUCGGAGUUCCAGCUGAAAACAGAAGAGCUCAAAGAGGUUAUGAGGAGAAUGCAGCAUGAAAUGAACAGAGGGCUGCGCCUAGAGACGCACGAAGAGGCCAGCGUCAAAAUGCUUCCGACCUACGUCUGCUCCACCCCUGAGGGAUCAGAGGUGGGUGAUUUCUUAGCUUUGGACCUCGGCGGAACCAACUUCCGUGUGAUGCUGGUGAAAGUGGGUGGAGAUGAGGAGAGGAGCUUUAAGGUGGAAACCAAACACCAGAUGUACUCCAUUCCUGAGGAUGCAAUGACAGGGACUGCUGAAAUGCUGUUUGACUACAUUGCAGAGUGCAUGUCUGAUUUUUUGGACAAGCACCACAUCAAGCACAAGAAGCUUCCUCUGGGGUUUACCUUUUCGUUUCCUGUUCGACACGAGGACCUGGACAAGGGAAUCCUGCUGAACUGGACCAAAGGCUUUAAGGCCUCUGGAGCAGAAGGAAACAACGUUGUUGGUUUGCUCCGAGAUGCAAUCAAGAGACGAGGGGACUUUGAGAUGCACGUGGUUGCCAUGGUGAACGACACAGUAGCCACCAUGAUUUCCUGCUAUUAUGAAGACCGCAGCUGUGAAGUUGGGAUGAUUGUUGGCACAGGAUGUAACGCGUGCUACAUGGAGGAGAUGAGGACUGUGGAGCUGGUGGAAGGGGAGGAGGGUCGAAUGUGCGUGAACACAGAGUGGGGGGCGUUUGGAGACAAAGGCGAGCUGGAGGACUUCCGACUGGAGUACGACAGAGUGGUGGACGAGGCCUCCAUCAACCCCGGGCAGCAGCUUUGCCAGGCGACCAGCUGUUUUCCUCAGGAUGUUAGCAAAUGGACAGAGCCCUCAUACAUCAGCGGUCAGUCGGCAGGUGGAGACGUCAGAUUAAUGAUGGUGCCAGGAAGCCUAAUGGCUGUUUACCUUGUUGCACUGGCAGCCCAUUCACACACACGGCUGCUAAGGCCGCCUCUCUACCGUUACAGAAAUUAUCACAUGUACGAGAAGCUGAUCAGUGGGAAAUACAUGGGGGAGCUGGUGAGGCUGGUCCUGAUGAAGCUGGUGAAUGAAAACCUGCUGUUCAACGGCGAAGCUUCUGAGCUGCUGAAGACACGUGGAAGCUUUGAGACGCGCUUCGUCUCACAGGUGGAGAGUGAUUCUGGUGACAGAAAACAAAUCUACAACAUCCUCUCCUCGUUGGGUCUUCUCCCCUCUGAGCUGGACUGUGACAUCGUUCAGCUGGUCUGUGAGAACAUUUCUACCCGCUCGGCUCAUAUGUGCGGCGCUGGGCUCGCUGGUAUCAUCAACCAGAUGCGAGAGCAGCGCCGCCAGGACACCCUGAAGAUCACAGUAGGGGUUGACGGAUCUGUCUACAAGCUGCACCCAUAUUUCUGCGACCGUUUCCACAAAGUGGUCCGGGAGCUCACCCCCCACUGUGACAUCACCUUCCUCCAAUCGGAGGAGGGCAGCGGACGGGGAGCAGCUCUCAUCUCGGCUGUGGCCUGUAAGAUGGCAGCUUACAUGCUGACACAGUGAAGAUGGAUUUGCAUUGGAGAGUGAUGGAACGAGUCUCGACUCCGGCUGGAGGAGGAAAUCCUGAUGCACUUUCUAAAGCUUGAGAGGGACCAAACUGGGUACUAAUUACUGGACAAGGAAGCAUCAAAGUGUUUGUAUAAUAGACUUUAUUUAGUAACACUAUACCAACAACGGAGACUUUAAUGUUUCCAAACUGUAAGACUUUGUUUACUCUUGUAUUUUUAACAAUAGGAAGCAUGAAAGCUCGUCUUAGGUGUGCUUUUGGGAGGAGUUACUUCCAGUUGGUGGUAAAACGAUCCAUUCAAAAACAGAUUAUAUAAUAUGGAACGUUGUGCAUAUAAACCAUCGACAUAUAUAUUGGACAAUUCAUUUCCAUAGGCUCCAAUAACACGUUUUUGUGCCAAAAUGGGAGGUGGCCACCACCGCCAUUUUGACCGUGUCACAGGUUCCGUCAAGCCCAGACAAUUCCAUAAAAGGGAAGAGAGGUGGAGCUGAGGGUGUGGCUGUAAGGCUGGGAUCAACUGACGACACCCAGUCGAACUAGCUACAAGCUAACCUGAAGCUAACCCAAAGCUAACGCGGAGGUGGGAGCUAAGCUAACGGAGGUAGCAACCUAGCUACAACCGGAGUUAACUGUGCACAACACCAGAGCUUCUGAGUCAGAGAUACGCCGGGCUGACCGCUGGGUAAAACCGGGUGGAACACAGAGGUCUCCCGAAAGCUGCUGAAAGCCGGCAGCCGCACAGCAGACAGAAGCCGCGAUCAGACAGAGAUGCGCCGGGCUGCGGGGAGGGGUGGAAAACAUCGGUCUCUCAAGAGCUCCACAAGGCGAUAGUGGGAACCCAGCUCCACCAACAUGUUAUUUUUCAACCCAUUUUCUAAAGUGCAGCAUUAUGUUAAAUGCACUGGGUUUUACCCUAUUACAUUUAAAUUUCAUGGUUAAACAGUACAUGUUAAAAUCUAAGCUCCGCUCGGCAGUGACCUAAAAUACAUAAAUAUAAUUUUACUUAUCGAAAAAAAUGAAGUGGAGACUCCUUGGACGCUCUAUUAGUGCAAUUAAUGCCACAGCAAGUCAUUUUGUCCAACAAUUGCACAAAAAAUAUCCAAAAAAGAAUACACACACACAGACUCAAAAAUCCCGGAGCAGUUUCCAGGCCAGACCGAGGCUCUACUGAGGCCUUUCCACGGAGCUAGCUCUGUGGUCACGUGGGUCUGAUGUUCAUUAAUUAUACAGAAUUUUAGGCUUUUAAUACACUUAAACAGAAGAGUGAGAAAAAAAUCCACCCCCCUCAGAGUUGUCAUGAGUGUAAACUAGAUCAUUUAAACCAAAAACAUGUUUUGGUACCAGGCUGUAAACAUGUUUAUUUCUGCUGUGAAAUUGGUAUUUUUAACAUGGGAGUCAAUGAGGAUUUGCUCGCUUCUGACACCAGCCCCUAGUGGAUGAGGGUGGAACUGCAAUUUUUGGUACUUCCGGGUUUGACUCAAUUUAGGAGCCGCAUUGUGGGGGCUUGAUAUAAACACAAAAACCUUGUAAAUUUGUAGACUUGACAGAAUCAGAUUCAAUAAUUUGUUGUGUAAUUUGUGUUUGAGAGGAAAGAAAUGUGUUUUGUUAUGUUUAUUUAAAACCUCAACAUGUUCUGUGUUUUUUCUUUUAUAAAGUGUGUUUUGUAUAGGCUGUACAGUAAAUAAAAUAAAAUAUUCUGAUUGAAA